UUUUUAGUUCGAGCUACAAGAACAGGUCAGCUCAGUACUCGUAUCGGAUAGCAUUGAAGUCCUUUCAGUUGAUCACCAUGAUCACUGGCAUGGUGCCAGUGGUGGCUGUUGGUAGGCUGUAGUCUUUCCCUUGGUCCAUCACAGGACUUGCUCGCGGAGCUGCUUCAACUAGACAAUGAUCUGGAGGCUGAUCUUCUGUGCGAAAGCAGCCUGACGGAAACAAGUCAGCGACGUAAUGCUAACACAUGUAGAAACACCGAGAAAGAAUACCUACUUGUACUAGAGCCAUGUUUUCAAGUGCUGCCACUUCGGUGGUCAGAAGACAAUGUCAUCGCUGGCGGGUCCUGCAAAGACUGGCAUGUGGAGCAGCGACACCAGUCAGACGUGGCAGCUCUCACAUUCAGCCCGACAACAUUGUGAAGUCGCCGUUCCCGGACAUCGCCGCUCCCGACGCCAACGUUUCGCUGCCGGACUUCUUGUUCUCGGGACAGCGGCGUAACUACACUGCCAUCGAGGAUGCCGUGACGCGUCGCUCGUUCACCCUAGACCAGCUGGAAAACCACUGUGCCACGUUUGGCGCAGGUCUGGUGCAGCAUCUCGGCAUGGAACGCGGCGACAUUGUUGCAGUGAUGUGCCCAAACCGGCCCGAGUACGCCGUGGCGUUCCUGGGCACCAUGAUGGCCGGUGGCAUCGUAACCACUGCCAAUACGAUCUACACGUCGCACGAGCUGAACAAGCAGCUGACGACCGCCGGUGCCAAGUACGUGUUUACCACGGCCGAGCUCUUGUCUAGCGUCGUGGAAGCGGCCAUUGCCAACACCGACAUAAAGGGAGUCGUGGUGAUGGAUACGGACAGCAGCCGGCCGUCAUCGCUGAGCUCUAGUGUCAGGGUUGUUCCGCUGUCUCUGCUGUUGCAAACCAGUGCUGGCCUCCUGCCUAGAUUCACGGUGGACGCUGCUAAGGACACUGCCGUCAUACCGUUCAGCAGUGGCACGACCGGCUUGCCCAAGGGGGUCAUGCUCUCGCAUCGCAAUCUCAUAGUCAAUGUCCUGCAAAUGGCCGACGAGCCGGAGCUCAUGUAUUUCCGGCAGUCAGAAGACGAGUGCGUGCUGUGCGUCAUGCCGUUCUAUCACAUCUACGGAAUGGUCGUCCUGCUUGCCAAUGGCAUAUACCAGAGAUGUCGUUUGCUGACAGUGCCUAAGUUUGACCCCAACAUCAUGCCCGGUAUCAUCGGUCAGGAGAAGGUGACGCAGCUGUUCGUCGCGCCGCCGUUGAUCCUGUUCUUGCUGAACGAUCCACGUGGCCAGGCGGCUGACCUGUCCAGCGUGCACUAUGCGUUCAGUGCUGCUGCACCACUGGGCCGAGGUGUGCAAGAAGAGCUGAGCAAUCGCCUGCAAGGAAAACCAGUCUUACAGGGCUAUGGGCUGACAGAGCUCAGUCCCAUUUGCCAUGCCUCGCCGAGAAGCAGCUACAAGCUGGGCUCCAUCGGUCUUCCGGUACCCAGCACAGAGGUGAAGAUCUGCAGCCUUGAUGGCGAGAAGCGAUCGCUGUCAGCACAUGAGAAUGGAGAGGUGUGUGUCCGCGGCCCUCAGGUGUUCCAAGGGUAUCUGAAUCGUCCCGAGGCCACCGCCGAGAUGCUGGACUCGGAUGGCUGGCUGCAUACGGGCGAUAUCGGACACUACGACGAAGACGGCCACUUCUUCAUUGUCGACCGGCUCAAGGAGCUCAUCAAGGUGAAAGGGUACCAGGUGGCUCCCGCUGAGCUCGAGGCUGAGCUUCUCCAUCACCCGGACAUCGCAGAUGCUGCUGCAAUAGGCGUGCCUCAUGAGAGGUUUGGCGAAGCGCCACGCGCCUUCGUUGUCAGGCGGCCAGGCUCAGACAUCACCGAGGAGACCGUAGCGGAGUUCAUCUCAUCACGGUUGGCAUCCUACAAGCAUCUGGUCGGUGGCGUUGAGUUCAUGGAUCAGCUGCCGAAAUCGCCAGCUGGAAAGCUACUACGCCACGUGCUCAGGAAAAGAUGAAUGGAUCGUUACGUUUCAUGGAUUUGCCGCGGCUCUAGCCUGGCAUUGUCUCUCACUGUCGGCACCAAUGUCAUCCCUCAUCCUACCUAGCGUGGCCACUGCUCAGUGUCAGCAGGGUGCUGGUAUUUAGCCACCAAUGGGAACGCUGUAUGCGCAAGCCAUGGGUACUGUCCAUUUGCAGAACAGCCCAUGGUACCUGCAGCGCCGACCUCUCCUGGCAAGACAAUUUAGUACAUUAUUUUUUUCUUCGUUUUGAGCUUAUUUACCCAACCAACUAGUUUGUCUUGGUAUGGCUUUACCAACUGCUGAAUAGGGUGUGCGAGUAGCGCUAGUGUUGACCCUGAGUGAACUAUUUCCGCAUCACUCAAUAGUAAUUACUCAUUAGUGUUGUCCGAGCUGAGCAUUGGUGCUGUAUUUGAGUUAUUUAUGAGCACCGGCAUUCCGGCCAGCUUUUUUUCUUCUUUUUUCAUCCCUGUGGCUGUGACCGAGUUUCUUUUUAGUCCUGUCUUGUGGUGGUAGUGGCCCAGCGUAUGGGCAACAGCAGUUGUGCAUGGUGUCAAACAGCUGCACACCAACACGCUCUGCGUAAAUGAGUCUACUCUCUUUCUUUUUACUUUUUUAAUUUAUUUAUCCGUCGCCCCCAACAUUUCACAUUUUUAGUCUUUAGGUAGGUUUUAGAUACUUUACAGGUGUAUUAUAAUUAUUGGCUGUGCACUUCGCAUUGCAUGUACAUCUACACAACCUCUGGACAUGUCGACAUGCGACAGCUGGCUGUUUGACAAUGAUUGAAAUUGUACCCCUUCUGUGCAGAAUUUAAUUUUUUUUAUAAGCGACCUUGUCUCUGAGAAGUGAGAUCGAGCUUCAACACGUCAAACUCCCUCGCGUGACCUGUGAAGCUGUCUAAUAAUAAUAAUAAUAAUCUUUAUUUCAGGAUUA